CUGUCCACUCAUUUCCAUUCCAUGCUUGCGUCAAUUUCGACACCAAUGCAUUUCUCGCGGGUCCUACUAUCGCGGACAAAUCUCCUAAGAAUCUCUGUUGCGACGACUAGCUUUACAACCGAGGCAUCCAGCAUAAUCGGCAGCUGUAGCUUCUCCCAAACCCUAGCUAGAAACGGCUACCCGAAAAGGACCCAUCAGCAGCAGCAGCUUUCGUCAGCAUUCUUCUUUCCUACUCCUCCGCUUCCCCCCUUCGCACAGCAAGCGCGUCGCGAUUUCAGCUUCUCGGCUGCAUCGCCGACAGUGUUGAGAAUGGCGGAAUCGACGGCAGCAGCGGGAAUUCCGGAAACGUCGGCGGCGGGGCCGGCAGAUGCUCGCGAAGGGAGAACCACGAUUGGUCCUGCAGAUGCGUCGUCAGCCGUGGAUUUCCUGAUGAUGAUCCAGCCGCUUAAGACGUUGAAGCGCACAGGAUGGGUGAAGAGAGGAGUGCAGGGGCCGGAGUCUAUAGGCGACCACAUGCACCGGAUGGCGAUGAUGGCGUUUGUGCUGGCAGACGUGAGGGGAAUCGACAGAGAGAGAUGCGUCAAGAUGGCAAUCGUGCAUGACGUGGCAGAAGCCAUAGCGGGCGACAUCACACCAUCAUGCGGAGUGGAUAAGGACGAGAAGUACCGGUUGGAAAAGGAGGCCCUGGGAAAGAUGUGUGAUGCCUUGGGGCCGAACAACAGGGCAGCAGGCGAGAUGCUGGCUCUCUGGGAGGAGUACGAGGCGAAUGAGAGCAGCGAGGCUCGUCUGGUGAAGGACUUUGAUAAGCUGGAAAUGAUUCUGCAAGCGCACGAGUAUGAGCAAGCCCAAGGAAUGGAGCUUCAAGAAUUCUUCGAUUCAACAAAAGAUCGAUGGCAGACGGACGUGGGAAGGUUAGUGGCCGCUGAUAUUGUGGCCAGGCGGAGUAAAGGAGGGAGGUCUUGAGUUUGGUCAAACAUAGUGCCAACCGAGUCAUUCAUUUGUUACAGGUCCAUUUCAUGUUUGGCAUGAUAUAAGUCUCAGAGUAGCGAAUUAAAGCGAGAGGUUAUAAUAGUGACCCAUCUUUCUAGUUGGGCCCAACUUGAUUGGGACCCUCGAACAGAUAUAGGGGGGACAAGCGAACGGGCAGAAGAAAACGUCGUUUCGGACGGGCAGUCACUCAGCAGCAAAAGAACCUGCCCGCGCGACAAAUUUGAAUAUGUGGACGCGGGUGUGUUUAUAGACAUAAUACUAGCUAGCACGCCUCGUUGGGGCUCGUUUGUUACCGUAUUUUGUUGACCUCGAUUGGUUGCGGUUCAGUCAAACUCAAAAGGUUGGACACGAAAUGG